CACAAAGCCAGGGGUCAUUUCACCAUAUGCCCAAAAGGAGUCCACUUUAAAGAGGGGGCAAGAAAGCUGAUCACUGUCAGUCAUGGCGUGCUUAAACAAUCCUAGUGCUCUCAAACUGAAUCUCAGACUGAGCACAAGGAAAAGAGAACUCUUGGCGGGUGGGCUGGAUUGUGCUUGGCUUUACUGCAGAAAAUAGGAAGCAUCAGAGACUCAACUAGUCUCUGGUUUGGUUUGGUGCUUUAUGUGCCAAAUCUAUGGCAUUGUAUUCAGCCCAAAACACUCGAAAUAAAGCUCAUGCAAUUGGGAAUGAAAUGGGUCAUUGUCUUCUUCUUCUUCUUCUCUCUCUCACCAAGCUUUUAGGUGAUCUCUUUCUCAUAUAACCCAAAUGUGAUUGAAGAUCGUGGGUUCUCAAUUUUAAACUGGAUUUUGUAGAUUUCUCUGAGAAGAUUCUUCUGGGUUCCUCAGAUUUUGUUAGUAGCUGAUGUUUGAUCACUCAUUAAACAAGAUCUCUACAACAUUAUCUUCGUAAUCUUCUCAUUUAUUCCUUUACUUGAGCAUAGAUAUAAAGGAAGAUGCUUCUUGUCUGGCGUUUUGGUGGUUCCUUCAACUGAUACCAAGAUGCUGUUUUCGGCUGCAGGUUUUUUCCAAACUUCAACGGUAAAAUAAGAAUAUAGAAAUUGCAUGUGUAUCUGGUAUCUGUAUAGGGUUUAGAACUUGAAGCUUUGGAGACCACUUGGGUGUCUAAUUUAUAUGAAUCUGUACUCUUUAUAAGUUUAUAUAUUAUAUAAAAAAGAAAAGGCAAAGAAACAGGGAGAGCAGAGGAAGAUAACAGAGGGAAGUGGGAUUGUCAAGUCAAGAUUUGUUCUUCUGGGUUUUCUCUGUUUUGUAAAUUAUUUCUCUGUUGGCUAUGUCCCCUGGCAUCCUUUAACCAAAGAAACACCAGUAGAGAGCAACAAAAAAAAAAAAAAAAAAAAAGAACAAUUUGUAAGACCCAUCUUCUCAGUCUCUCUCAAUCAGAUGCCUUCUGCCUAGAUUGCUGUAUUUUUGCUGUCAAGAUUCUAUCAUUUUAGUGCUGCAGCAUAUAUCCUUCCUCUAUUUGAGUUCCCAUUUUCCUACUCUUCAAGUCGUCCUGCAAAUUCCUCCUCCCCCCGCCCGCGCCCCCCCCCCCCCCCCCCCCCCUUCCUCCACCUCUGGAUUGAUUUCCCUUCCAGAAGUUUUCUCUUCGAUCCCGGCUAUGUUUGGGCAUUGGGAAUGUCUGAAGGUCUCACUAAUCUAGUAGUAGUAAUCUGUUGAGUGGUGAGCAAGGAUUGGUUCUGUAACUUGGUUUUAAGUAGAAUCUUUUGCUGGCAAAGAUGAAGUUCAUGAAGCUGGGAUCGAAGCCGGAUUGCUUCCACACUGAUGGGAACAAUGUCAGGUAUGUAGCUUCUGAAUUGGCAACUGACAUUGUUAUCAGUAUAGGAGAAGUGAAGUUUUACCUACACAAGUUUCCUCUUUUGUCCAAGAGUGCCCGGUUGCAGAAGUUGGUGGCAUCCUCCAACGAGCAGAAUGGUGAUGAAGUCCAGAUUCAUGACAUUCCUGGUGGACCGGUUGCUUUUGAAGUGUGCGCCAAGUUCUGCUAUGGCAUGACGGUCACCCUCAACGCUUACAAUGUCGUUGCAGCUCGCUGCGCAGCUGAGUACCUGGAAAUGCACGAGACAAUGGAGAAGGGGAACCUCAUCUACAAAGUUGAUGUCUUCCUGAACUCUAGCAUUUUUCGCAGCUGGAAGGAUUCGAUAAUUGUUCUUCAGACUACCAAGUCUCUGCUACCUUGGUCGGAAGAACUGAAGUUGGUAACUCACUGCAUCGAUGCUAUAGCUUCCAGGGCCUCUGUCGAUGUUUCCAAGGUCAAUUGGUCGUAUACUUACAACAGGAAGAAGCUCCCGGAGGAAAAUGGGAAUGAUCCCAACUGGAAUGAGAUUAGACAUCGAACCGUGCCCAGGGAUUGGUGGAUUGAGGAUUUGUGUGAGCUUGAAGUUGACAUGUACAAGAGGGUUGUAACUAACAUAAAAAACAUGGGGAUGGUUCCUAGUGAAGUAGUAGGGGAGGCAUUGAAAGCAUAUGCUUUGAGAAGGCUGCCGGGAUUUGGCAAGGGUACGAUCCAUUGUGGCGAUAUGUUGAAGGCCCAAGCCAUGGUUGAUGUGCUUGUGAUGUUAUUGCCUGCAGAGAGGGGAAGUGUGUCUUGUAGUUUCUUGCUUAAGUUGCUAAAAGCAUCUCUUUUGGUUUGUUCAGGGGAAAUGGUUAAGAGGGAACUCACAAGGAGAACAGGGCAGCAACUGGAGGAAGCUUCCGUGAGUGAUCUUCUUAUACCAACCCCAGAAGGCAAAACUGUGAGGUAUGAUGUUGAGAUCGUGGGUCGAAUGCUCGAGGAAUUUAUGAUGCAAGAUGAGGAUGCUGAAAGUACUAGAUUAGCAGAGGGCGAUGAGAUACAUGAGACAAGAAAGCCGAGUAUUUUGACAGAAGCUUCAAAGCUUAUGGUGGCAAAGCUUGUUGAUGGGUAUCUUGCAGAGAUCGCAAAGGAUCCUGAUCUGCCUUUAUUGACAUUUGUUAACCUUGCUGAGAUGGUGUCUGGUUUUUCUCGACCUGCUCACGAUGGCCUUUAUCGAGCCAUCGACACAUAUCUCAAGGAGCAUCCUGGGAUUAGCAAGAGCGAGAGGAAAAGGAUAUGCAGGCUGAUGGACUGCAAGAAGCUAUCUGUAGACGCAUGUAUGCACGCAGUGCAAAAUGAGAGGCUGCCAUUGCGCGUGGUUGUGCAGGUCCUCUUUUUUGAGCAGGUCCGGGCUGCAGCCUCUUCGGGCUGCAGCACCCCUGACCUUCCUAGAAGCAUCAAGGAAUUAAACAGCUGUUCCCAUGGGAGCUCGAGGUCAGCAACAACCAACCCUGAUGAAGAUUGGGAUGCCAUGGCCACAGCCGAGGAGCUCAACGCCUUGAAAGCGGAGGUAGCCGCUCUAAGGCUGGGAGGUGAUAGAAAUGGCACAGACACCCGAGGCGACAAGGCUGCCAUUACCAAAAUGAAAGGAUUGCUCAUGUCAAAGAGGAUAUUUUCUAAGAUCUGGUCGAGUAAGGCUGCGCAAGGGGACAACAGUGGCUCUGAUUCCUCAGAGAGUCACGGUUCUGCCAAUCCAGAGGAAGUUAAAUCUACACCUAUGAGAAACCGGAGGCAUUCAGUGUCCUAGUUAUAAGGUAGUUCAGAAACUAGAAGUUGAAUGAAUAUGUAUUCUUGGUGGAUUUUCCUGGGGUGUUGUUCUUGCAUUGACAUGAUUCUGGAAGCUCAGAAGUAGAGAGAAUCUUUCAUCUGGGAGAGAAAGAAUUGAAGCAAAUAGUUUGGAUGAGGAAUUUGAAUAGAAUUUGCAGCGAAAAUCAACAAUCUCAUGACUAUUGAUAAAAAUGUAUCUAGGGGUUUGAUUAGUAAAUCAUAGCCUCAAACAAGUACUUAAUCCGUGUCAUUUGCCGCAAUAAUGCUGGCGAAUACAAUGUUCCUGUUGCUAAUAUAUUUGAUCAGUCUUCCCAAUCCCAUGCCACAAGUUAAAAUGCCAAUGGAAUUAGAUCAUUCAAGCAUAUGACACGAACAAAGUUUAUGAGAUAGAUUUCACAACACUGGAGAACUUAAGGGUGCCUUGAUGUAACAAACAGACACAACUUUUCUUUAGCUCUUUCAACUCAGGCAGGAUGCCAUACCAACAUGAUAAGUUGACUGUGGAUAGAGAUGAUUGGGAAGUUAGAAUAGAAUUCACGUUGUUCAACUUCAUCUAGUAGAAUUAAAGCCUGGGAUGAUGAUGACAGCGGCAUCUUUAACAUGAAACGCCAUGACCUUCAAAAGUGCAAGUAAGAAGCAUUGCGUCACAUCUUGACGUUUCAGAGACUAGAAAGACAAAGCCUCGACGAGAGUGUCAACAGGAUAGGUGGGCGAGAAUGUCAAGACUGAAUUUACGAGGUUAAAUUCCGUGUAGAUGCCACAGAUAUGAAGCAGCUGGUGGGAUUAAGGUUUGAAUGGCAGACUUGAACAUGAAAAGUCUCAAGACUUGUAAAAGUGUCUGCAAGAAGCAGUAUCAUAUACUAUAACAUAGCAGGCAUAGCUAGAUUUGGAGGAAGCAACAUAAGAGUACUGUUUUCGUGGAUUGUUCUGCAAUGACCUA